AGCUCCUCCUCACUGCCAACUCUCCCAUCACGUCACACAGGCCAGACAUACGCACUUCAACAGUAACAACACACGUACACAGCAGCCACCAUGCGCCUAGUCAACCUGUUCUUUGCUGCGCUGGCGGCGCCGCUCGGCGCGCAAGGCUUUGUUGUACAACACCGGACGCCGCUGGUUGCGUCAUCCCGGCGCGUGGGCUCGAUGACGCCAACGAUGUGCGUGCCUAAGGAAGUAGCAGCGGCGAUCGUUGUGGCCGGCGCUGGUUAUAUAUUGACGCAAGGAGUGCCCCCUGCGAAGGCGGCGGACAUGGUUCCCAUGAGCGGAAGUGCAACCGUAUGCAUCACACGCGAGGUGGACGGCGCGCCACAGCUGGAUGGCCCUGGAUUUGUAAGGGCUCUGGAGGCCAAGUCUGUCCUCUCCCACGAGUCUUUCGCACAGUGUGUUUCUGCCGCGGCGAGGUCAACGUGCGCGUGUCGCCGUAGCUUUUGGCCGGAGCUAGAAGAGUAGCAGAAAGGAGACGAUCGGUUGAUUCCAAAAGGGGCAGGCAUACUGAAUGAGUUGUAGAUAGUGUACGAGACGCACGUGUGCCCGUCCAAAUCGAGAGGUUGCGUUAUGGUUUGUUGAAUUAUUUUAGAGAGUGGGUCGUCACGAGUAUCGUUAAAUCCAUGCACGUUCAGCCUCCCGUUCGAUCCGGCCGUGGUGCACUGGAUGAACCUUGAACGUCUCCGACCGGGCAGCGUGAUCCCAGGCGUCAUCGUGCUUCUCGGGAAGUAGGAGUUGCGCUCCCUUUGUUUGUAGUUUGGAGAGGUGCGCCCAACGGUUUUGCGCUUGUCGAAGAAGGCCCGUGUUUCGCGCUUGUGCUCCUUGCUCUUGUUUCGUGUGCCCAAGAGCCCUUUGAAGCGACCCGCUCGGAGGUUGCACGCGCCAUGUCGGUGAAUGCCAGCCAUAGUUUAGGUGGUUCUUUUCGCGCUUGGGUCGGACACCGUGUUGUAUUUGAGCA